AUGAGCGAGCCGGUGAAGCUGCUGGGCGCCUUCGGUAGCCCGUUCACGCACCGCGCGGAGGCGGCGCUGCGGCUGAAGGGAGUGGCCUACGAGUUCAUCCAGGAGGACCUGGGCAACAAGAGCGAGCUGCUGCUCCGGCACAACCCGGUCCACAAGAAGGUGCCGCUGCUCCUCCACGGCGACCGUGCCGUCGCGGAGUCGCUCGUGAUCGUGGAGUACGUCGACGAGGGCUUCGAGGGCCCGCCCCUUCUCCCUCUCGGAGAUGCCCUGGCCCGCGCCAGCGCCCGCUUCUGGGCGCAGUUCGCCCUGGACAGGUGCUCGAGGACGCUGUUCAAGGCGCUGUGGACGCCGGACGGCGAGGCGCGGAAGGGGUUGGUGGCGGAGGCGAAGGAGAACCUGGCGCUGAUGGAGGCGCGGCUGGAGGGGAGGAGGUUCUUCGGAGGCGAUGAGGUCGGGUACCUCGACAUCGCCGCCAGCGGGCUCGCGUGGGUCACGGUGCUGGAGGAGCUCGCCGGAGCGGAAAGGAGCAUGAUCGGCGAGGAGGAGUUCCCUGCCCUGUGCCGGUGGCGCGGGGAGUACACCUCCCAUGAGGCCGUGAAGGCGUGCUUGCCGAGCAGGGGCCAGAUCGUGGCCUUCUACGCGGGGAUGAAGGAAAAACUCGCGCUCCUUGCCACGUCAAUGCAAAAGUAA